AAUUACAUAACCACCCACUUCCCCCUCUCCCUCUCCAAUCUCAAUCCAUAACUUCACUUUCCUCCUCCAUCUCCUACUUCUUCUGCUUCUUCUGCCCGUGCGUGCUCACUACAGUAAAAAAGAAUUAAACGGGGGAGAAAAGAAAACAAAAGAAAAGAACCAUUCAUUCUCUAUCAACUGCCCGAUUCUUGAUUUGGUUCAUUCCAUCAACAGAUCUUACAUCUCUGGCAUUCAGAUCUUCUCUUUCCGUUCUAAAGGAUCUUUGGUUGCGGGUUGUUGUUUCCAUGUUGUGAUUGGCUAGCAUUUUGAGCUCUUCUUUCUACCAUAAUCUUAGAAGUGUGUUGAUUCGGGUGGUAAUAUUAGAUGAGACGAAUUAGGAGUGUGGUUUGGGUGAGAUGAGGGAUGUUAUCUGGUUUGAUGAACCUGUUUCGGGCCUGUUUCGGGCCAAAGUCGGAUCGAUAUGUCCGCUCGAGCUCUGAUGCCGGUGGCCGUCAAGAUGGCCUCUUAUGGUAUAAAGACACAGGCCAACAUAUUACUGGAGACUUUUCAAUGGCUGUGGUUCAAGCCAAUAAUCUACUUGAAGAUCAAAGCCAGCUCGAGUCCGGCUGUUUAAGCACACAUGAGGCUGGCCCUUACGGCACCUUUGUCGGUGUCUACGAUGGCCAUGGAGGCCCGGAGACUUCUAGAUUUAUCAAUCAACACCUUUUCCAGCACCUCAAAAGGUUCGCUUCUGAGCAGCAAUCUAUGUCGGCGGAUGUCAUUCGGAAGGCAUUUCAAGCAACAGAAGAUGGCUUCACGUCCGUGGUCGCCAACCAGUGGCAUAUGAAACCACAGAUUGCUACUGUUGGAUCAUGCUGCCUGGCUGGAGUAAUCUGCAGUGGGAUCCUAUAUGUGGCCAACGCUGGGGAUUCCCGUGCUGUUUUGGGGAGAAUCGUCAAGGCAACUGGAGAUGUAGUUGCCAUUCAACUUUCGGAAGAACACAAUGCAAAUAUUGCAUCUGUGAGACAAGAGCUGCAAUCUUUGCACCCAGAGGACUCUCAGAUAGUAGUUUUAAAGCACAACGUUUGGCGUGUUAAGGGAAUCAUUCAGGUGUCGAGAUCUAUUGGGGAUGUGUAUUUGAAGAAAUCGGAAUACAACAAAGAACCGCUGUAUGCCAAGUUUCGCCUCCGUGAACCUUUUAAAAAGCCUUUUCUGAGUGCCGAUCCGUCUAUUUCUAUACACCAAUUGGAACCUGAUGAUCAAUUCGUCAUAUUUGCGUCCGAUGGCCUUUGGGAGCAUCUUAGUAAUCAAGAAGCUGUGAAUAUUGUCCAAAAUAACCCACGCAAUGGGAUAGCAAGAAGGUUGGUGAAAGCUGCAUUACAAGAAGCAUCAAAGAAAAGGGAAAUGAGGUACUCAGACUUGAAGAAGAUAGAGCGGGGGGUGAGGCGUCAUUUCCACGAUGACAUCACAGUGAUUGUUGUUUUCCUUGACCCAAAUCUCAUGAGCAAGUCAUCCAUCAGCCCAAUCAAGAGCACUUGUAGUAACCUGUCUGUGAAGGGAGGCGGUGUCAACCUGCCUCCGAACAGUCUUGCUCCUUGUACCAUGCCGGCUUAAUUAUUGAAUGAAGCCUCUCAGGUGAAAAGCCAUUAGUGCCCUUGUAAUGUUUGUUGUACUUACUAUUUUUCCUAUGAAUCAAUGAAUACCCCCAGCUCUACUUUCACUACAAGUAUAUGAUGUGUUAUGAUCAGGCCAUCAAUUGCUUAAUGUACACUGUAACCUUUUGACUCCAACUAAUCAUUUUGUGUGCUGUAUUUUGUAUUCAGUGUAACAAAAUUGCACACUAGUUGGAUUAGUGAAUUGUUUGUGGAACCAAAAUGGGUUCUAUUCAUGAAAGUAAUGGCAAAUGACUAAGGGC